GAGCCAUUUGCCGCCAAAAUGCUUGACCCCCUGGUCGCCGAAGCGUUCAACCCAGGUGCGCGCCGUGUCUUGUUUGGCGCGAUGAGCCUCGAAAUCGUCGCGGCCCACCACGUUGUCGCAGUUGCGCAAGAUCGAGCUCGGCUGACCGCCGGUUCACUACCUGAAUUACCUCCACGCGCCGGAUUGGCUAGUCGGGCAGAUCGGCCUGCCGCGCCUGGGCUAGCAUCGCAGCCGGUGGCAUUUAAAGAAAUGAGAAUGUGGUGACCGGGUCAUGCCCAUGACUCGCUAUUACAAGACGCCAUUUGGCCCGGACUACAUGUUGUGUCCUUGUUGAAAAUUGAC